CAACUUUAUGGCGGGGAUUCCACGGGAAGUGUUACGUUGGUUGCUUUCGUUAAACAUAAAUUUACACCACAGAAAACUUAAAUGGCAUGUGUCGAAUGGUGUCCUAGCAGCUGAAAUUAUUCAUAACUACCAACCGAAAGUGGUGGAUCUUGGAAAAUUCAUUGAUGGACAAAGUAUAGAAGUCAGACUGCGCAACUGGAAAUUGAUACAACAGGUUUUUCAUAAACUGAAUAUUUUUAUACCACCAGAGGUAAUUGAGGGGGUAGUACACAACAAAAGUAAUGCUGGGCUCAUUUUUCUGACGCUGCUCUAUGAAUUGCUUACACAAAAGAAACUGGUUGAUGACGUAACUUUCGAUCCUACCGACUUAGAAUACCAAUUUUCCCUACCAGUGUAUGCUAGGUCAUGUCUGGCUAAAUUCAUCAAGGAUAACGUUGCAUCUUCGGAAUUAAAAACAGAGCCAGACCUGUUUUGUAACCAAAAAAAAGUUCAGUCACUAGCACUUGCUUAUAAGAACAUGAAGUUGACUGAGCGGAUGGCAGAACCAAGGAGAUACCGAGUAUUUCGACCAUUAGCGUCACAUUGCCGGCGUUCUGAAUCAUCAGAACUUCGAAAUAUAGUCCACAAUGAGAAAGCAGAUAUCAUGUCUGCAAACGUGCUCCAUGAAGAAACUUCAAUGAAUGAUACUGUACUAACAAUUCAACCGAAACAACAAGCAGUAUUCGAGUAAAACUUGCUUUUCAAACUGGUGAAUAAAAGGGAGAAUCUAGUUUUUCCGUAAGGUAUUAGAGAACUCUGCUUCUGAAGUUUGAUUAAGAUGUAAACUGAAACAAAAUUUAUUCAACUUCUAUUUGG